AUGAGCGGGCCGGGGCCGUCGGGGGCCGUCGGGGCGUCGGGGCUGCCGCCGCUGCCCAAGAGCCUGAGCGGGCUGCUCCAUUCCUCGUCCGGCGGCGGCGGCGGCGGCUGGCGGGACCUGGAGCGGCUCUACGCGCAGAAGUCCCGCAUCCAGGACGAGCUGAGCCGGGGCGGAGGCGGGCGCGGGGGGUCCCCGCGGCCGCCCAAGCCCCCCAACCUGGACGCGGCUCUGGCCCUCCUCCGGAAAGAGAUGGUUGGUCUCCGGCAGCUAGAUAUGUCGCUAUUGUGUCAACUCUACUCCCUUUAUGAAUCGAUUCAAGAGUAUAAAGGUGCCUGCCAAGCCGUAUCAAGCGCAGACUGUGCGUAUGCUCUGGAAAAUGGUUUUUUUGAUGAAGAGGAAGAAUAUUUCUAAGAAAACUGCGCCACUGCCAGGAGC